AGUACAAGAAAAGCAGGCGCAAAAGAAGGGUUUUCUAAAAACCCCUCCAAAACAGAGAGGAAAAACCAACAGAGGGGUUAGGGUUUAGUACCACUGGCGGAGGGUUUAUUACUUCAGUUGAUGGAAGCGAAGAUGUGUUUCUUUCACCAAUCAGCACACUCAGGAAAAGCGGCAUUGGAGGUGGAUGCGAUACAAAAAUCCAACAAAGAAAGCCCACUGCUCCUCAAUUCCCCCUGGGAUGUCUGCUUUGAGCCUGUAAACGAAAAUGUUUAUAUUGCAAUGGCUGGGCAGCAUCAGAUCUGGAAACAUAAUACAUUAGAUGGAACUACCAGAGCUUUCAGUGGUGAUGGCUAUGAAAGAAAUUUGAAUGGUGCCAGUUCUGUGUGCACUUCAUUUGCGCAACCUUCUGGAAUUACUUUGUCACCUGAUUUAAAGGAAGCAUAUAUCGCUGAUAGUGAGAGUAGCUCUAUUCGGGCACUUGACUUAAGGACAGGGGGAUCGAGACUACUCGCUGGUGGUGAUCCAAUUUUCUCUGACAAUUUAUUUAAGUUCGGAGACUGUGAUGGAGUAGGUUCUGAAGUUCUUCUUCAACAUCCUUUAGAAGUCUUUUGCGGAAAUGUGGGUCAAAUUUAUCUGGCGGAUUCAUACAAUCACAAGGGCUGGUAAGAAAGAAACAUGGUCCUUUUGAUGUGCCAAUAUACGCGGGUUAGAUUCGAUUUGUGUGCUGGGGCCUAAAGCUCGAAUAUAUGAAGUCUUUAGAGCACAGGCUCCUCUUUGGAAUAUGGUGUUUCAAAAUGAGCCUUCUAAUGCUGAUGAGGAUCUUGAGCUUUUUGAAGAUUGUGAGUUGAUUCUGAGUGUUAAUCGGCCAACUGCAUACGGUGGGAUUUUGAGAAGCAUGUGUGCUUAAGUUUUACAUAUAAUAUCCAAAAGAGGCAUUGCAAAAUUUGAGCAUUACUUUGCGUGGACACUAUAUAAGAUUUAUAUUGAGAUAAGUAACUGCUACCUUUUUGCAGAUAUCUUCUAAGUUUUAUUUUAUUGUCACUGGGUUAGUCACCAUUUCGUAUGUAUACUAACUACUUGCUUAAUCAAUUUUUUUAGCAAUGGCAAUGCAGAUAAGGUAGGCUGGUGGAGCUCAUAGCUCUUGCCUCGCAUGUGCACCCCUUGAUAGCGGCAGCCACAGCUCUACAUGGCUGUCAUUUUUUGAUUAUUGUUUGUGAGGUGCAUGAAAUUUGCUGCAUUUUUAUCUUUGCUUUGUGAUUAAUAGGUAAGUUUCGCAAUUCUCAUAUGUAGAAAAGAUUUGCUAUGCUUGAAUCGAUCUUUUCUUUAGUUUCUGUAGCUCAUUGCUUCUAAUUAAUACAUUUUGACAAUUGAAUUAGAUCAGAAAGACUUGUUUUAGAAAAAUAAGGAAGAUAUGACUUGGUACUUCCAAAACUUUGAUUUAUUAUUGCUUGUGCACUCUAUGUAUUAUGACAUAUUACUCCUAUUGGAUUAGAGUGACUUGCCAAACAAUCUUUCUUGUAAUAAAGUAACAAGAGAUUGGAGCCCAAUAUUCAAUUCGACAAUUGAAUUAGAUUAG